CCUCCUCGUGUUUGAGCCCCGGGUGUUGUUUGAAGUCGAGGCUGAAUGACAAGCGCCUCCUGACCAGGUUCCCCUCCUCGGGCUCGGCGCUAUUACUAAGCCAGCCGAGAACUGAGAGCCGAGAGCAGAGCGCGGCGCCGAGCGCCGGCGGAACCUUAGAGCCGAGACCCGCGCGCGGAGCCGAGAGUCUCUGGGGGAAGGACCCACUGCGUAGUCAGUGCCCAGCAACGGGCGGAAAUGGGGCUCCUGUCAGAAGGCGCGGUGGUUACGGGGGAAGCGCGGGCCAUCCCGGCCGGGCUGCUCGGGGCGCCGAGGAGCCGCCGCCUGAAGCCCGAGGGCUCAGCCCCGGGAAGCCGGGUUCCCAGCAUGGUGCUCAAGGUUUUCUUUCCUUCUUGCUGUUCCUCAGCAGAUAGUGGCCUUUUGAUUGGCCGGUGGAUCCCAGAACAGAACUCUGCAGUUAUCUUAGCUGUUGUCCACUUCCCUUUCAUCCCUUUCCAAGUAAAGCAGUACCUCUCUGAAGUACAGAAGGUAAGCCAGGUGGAAAUUGCCGUGCUGGGCACUUGGUGUAACAACAAGAAGGAGAAGGAAGAGAGCCUGGCCAAAUUCUUAGAAGACCUGGGCACCAUUUUUUCUCAUGAGCCUUGGCUCCAGCUUAGCAAAGAGAAAGGAAGUAAGUUCUGGAGCUGCCACACCCUUUCCAGACAAGCUGGCACCCCCAAAGAGGAUCAGAUCAUUUUGAUCUAUUAUGACCAGCGCAAAACCAUGCUAUCCCAAUUGCAUCCCCCUGAGAUGUCUCUGGAUAACCAGCCAGGGGUCAUCACUGCUCCUGAUGCCUCAAAGCUUGCAGCUGUGUUUGACACCGUAGCCAAAAGUGAGGUGCUAUUCCUGACAGACAGGUAUGACGACGGGCCCAUCAAACUGAGCCACUGGCAGUCGGAGGGCGUGGAGGCCAGCAUCAUUGUGGAACUGGCAAAGCAGGCAUCUGUGCCUGUGUGCAUGCUGCUGACAUUCUUGCUUUCCCUGGUCUCUGGACUUUGUAGGAGCAGAAUAUUUAAGUUUUGGCCUUUGUCCUUCAUAUGGAGCAAACUCUCAACUUGUGAGCAGGUUGGAUAUCGACUAGAACAUCUCAGAUUUGUCUUUAGCAACCAAAAAGCUGAAAACCAGACCCAGCUGAUGAGGAAAGCCAACAUCUUUGUUUCGCUUCUUCUGGACGUGGCUCUGGGCAUCGUGCUGCUGUCCUGGUUAUAUAAGAAGAAUCGGAUUGGUCAGCUGGCUGAUGCUCUCAUCCCAGUUGCAGAUCAUGUGGCCCGGGAGCUCCAGGACCUGUUGCAGUGGCUGAUGGGAGUUCCUGCUGGUCUAAAAAUGAACCGGGCUUUGGACCAGGUGCUGGGUCGCUUCUUUCUCUACCACAUUCACCUCUGGAUUAGUUAUAUCCACUUGUUGUCCCCAUUCAUUGAAAUGAUCCUGUGGUAUGUAGGUCUUUCAGCCUGCUUGGGUCUGACGGUGGUGUUGUCCAUACUUUCAGACAUCAUUGCACUCCUCACUUUUCACAUCUAUUGCUUUUACGUCUAUGGAGCCAGAUUGUAUUGUCUGAAGAUCUAUGGCUUGUCUUCUCUAUGGCGCCUUUUCCGAGGAAAGAAGUGGAAUGUCCUAAGACAGCGAGUGGAUUCCUGUUCCUAUGAUUUGGACCAGCUAUUUAUUGGGACUUUGCUUUUUACCAUCCUGUUAUUCCUUCUGCCCACCACAGCCCUCUACUAUUUGGUCUUUACUCUGCUUCGUCUGUUGGUGGUGAUCGUGCAAGGGGUGAUCCAUUUGCUAGUGGACCUUAUAGAUUCCCUUCCCCUCUAUUCCAUUGGUCUUCGACUCUGCAGGUCCUACAGACUUGCAGCUGGUGUAAAGUUCAGAGUGCUCGAGCAGGAAACAGGCAGACCCCUUCGACUGCUGAUGCAGAUCAAUCCUUUGUCGUAUGGCAGUGUGGUACAAACCUACCGUCUCCCCACCUACAGCUGUUAUCCCAAGGACUCCUGGGGCUCACUGUGUAAGAAGCUAUUCUUUGGUGAGCUCAUCUACCCCUGGAAGCAGAAAGGAGACAAGCAGGACUGAAGAGUGGAAAUCAGCCAAAUGUGCAAGCCUGAGCCAAAGCAAACGUUUUAACUUGCUGCUCUUGGGCCAAAGACAGCUUGAAGCCAACAACUGCUGGCUCAGUGCUGCCUGAACUCCCUUGGCCAAGAAACUGAGACUUUAGCAGGGGCAGGAGCUAGGUUUAAAGUGGGAAGCCCUUUGUGGAUCCCCUUUUUCUCUUCCCAUCUGAGCACUUAGGUGGUAUUGACGGGGUGGGGGGGGGGAGAGGGGGGAAUAUGGGUUUUAAUGAAAUGUUGCUCCAUCCUUGAUUACACUAGUUCCUCCAGAGCAGGCCAAAGAUCAGCAUCUAUUUUCAAAGAAAGGUCAGUGUCUUGGGUGUCUCAAGCAUGAGAUGAUGAUGUCCCUGUACAGUGGUACCUAUAUGGACCCCCUAGUAUUUCUCUGCUCUGUCCUACCUGGUCCUUUGUUAUAAGCUUAGUUUCUAAGGGUAAGUUUUGUUGAACAUGAGCAGUUGCUGCUGUCAGUCAUGACUGUGGUGGGAAUGUGUGUUCAUUGUGGGCUGCCUUCCCACUCUACUUAACAGAGUAUGUCAUUGAACAUUUCAGAAGCUGGUAACCAGCACUCAGACUAUACUCUGACAAACAUACAGCUUCCUCUUCUCAGGCAUGGUAGGAAGCACUCAUCUUUUAUAUCAAUUCAUGUGUUCUUGCUGAAAAACUGACCUUUUCCUUUCCUAAAGCACCCAGGAGGACAGUGGGUAUAGUGAGGAGACAGUUCUGCCCCCAGUUAGACCUCUGCUCUAUUGCUAGAAAGAGCUGGCUGCUAUAGAACCGUUCAAUUUCUCCUUCACUGUUGUCCUUUUUGCUGAGACUCCCUUCUGAUUCAGUUACCAAAUGCCAUGGUCCAUGAGUUGUGCCACACACUGUUAACCUGAUGGACAUUAGCUCCUCUUAAUGUUAAUAAGUGACUUAAGCCUCCAGUUGUCACCAUAGCUCUCUAAUGUUUUCCCUCUCCCAGGUGUGUUUGGAAUCAUCCACAUUCCUUCUCUCCACAAUUAUAUAUACAAAUAUUUAUAUAUUUUUACAGAACUCUUUGUUCUCUUUUUUUCAAAGAUUGUACUAAGAAACAUUGUACAAAAUCAAUCUUUCUACUUGCUAGGGAUUUAAAGGUGAUAGGCACCGAUUAGAAUUUCAAAUUCAUAUUUUCAUUAUAAGCAGAGCUGUAAAUUCUAGUCCUCUCCCUGGAUACCACCUCCUUUUCAUCUUGCCACAAGAUUCUGAGAUCCUUACUCACUUCUAUUUGAGUAAAAUUUCUCUUUGGAGGACAGAACAGAGAAAAUGUCCUUUAAGGAUAUUCUGCUCCCUAUAAUUAUAAUCUCUUUGCUUAGCUUAUAUGGUCAGACCUAAAAAUAUCUCAUUUCCUUUGCAUGUGGGGGGUGUAUGUGUGUGUAUUUCCUGCUAAAAUAACAUUUCCAAGGGCUUUCCAGAAGGGUUUCUUCUAAACUGCCCUAAGAUAAUCAUUUAUAAACUCAACAAUUUUGGAAGAUCAAAGCAGCCACAGUGCCCACAUUGGGCAUGACCCAUCUGGCCCCAUCAAACCUACUUCAGAUUCACUUAAUGGGAAGCUCAGGGAAAAUGGCUUAAAUCUGUUGCUGUACUAAUUCAACAUAAUUUUCCCCAGUUGCUAACAUUUCAUGGAGAAAUUAGUUUUCAGAAUGAGCCACCAUGGGAGUUUGAAUGAUGAAAUUACCAUUUGAAGCCAGGCUUCUAUAUGGACAAUUAAAGACAGGUUCCAUAAAUGACAAACCCAUUUCUGUUUGUAUUCUGGGUUUGCACACACAAAUGAUUACUUUACCAUCUACCUCCAGUGAUAUAGAUUCUAUAUAGUAACUUCUAUUGAAGUAACUCUUGGAUUCUGAAUUAGAAUUCUCUAGUCCCUUGUUCCUAACUUUGUAUUUCAUCUCUGGAGAAUCUCAUAUAGUUUUUAUAGACAUGGGUCCACCUUGUACUAACAAAUCUUGGAGAGCAGGAAAUAAUUGUCUCCUUAAAAGAUAUGAACUGGUUAGAUUGUAAGCUUCUUUAAGACAGAAACCAUGUCUUGAUAAAUUACUAUACAGUGUAAUUAGCAUUUGAUAAAUGUCUCCUUGGAAAGUCAGACAAAGGAAUUAGCAGAAUUUAUUUCAUCAUGUUUAUAAAAAGCAAUUAGAAACAUAAUUUAAUAGAACACAUAGUCAUAUUUUAGUACUCAUGAGCAUAAGCAAAGCCCACCAUGAAAAUAAUUGCAAAAAAAAUUAAAUUAAAUUAAAAAAAGAAAAUGAUUGCAGCUUAUGUCUUAUCUUGAGAAAUUCUGUAAAGAAGUAAAUAAGAUCCAUCCAGCCGGUAUUGUGAUACUGAGUGACUUCAGUUAGAAAGGUGGACACAUAUGAGGAAGGUGAAAAUAUGAUGCAUGUUACUGAACAGAUAAAUGGAAAUAACAUAUAGUUUUCAAAAAGACUCUCCAUUUUUUUUGCUACUACAAAAGGGGCUCCCAUAAAUAUUUUGGUAUGGGACCUUUUUGCCAUGGACCUUCUUAGGAUAUAUAUCAAAUGGUAAAAUACAUGAAUCUAAGGGUAUGAACAGUAUAAGUUGCAUGAUAUAUCAGGUUGUUUUUCAGAAUGGUUGGAACAAUUGUUAGUUCCACCAACAGUCUAUUGGUAUGCCUUCUCCCCCAUAGUCCCAUCAAAAUUGACUAUUUUUGUCUUUAAAACAUUUGCUGGGGCAGCUAGAUGGCGCAGUGGAUAGAGCACCGGCCCUGAAGUCAGGAGUACCUGAGUUCAAAUUCGGCCUCAGACACUUGACACUUACUAGGUGUGUGACCCUGGGCAAGUCACUUGACCCCAAUUGCCUCCCUAAAAAAAAAACAAAAAACAUUUGCUAAUUUAAUGCAUGUGAGGUGAAACUUCAGAAUUGUUUUAACUUGCCUUUCUCUAAGUAUUACUGAUUUUUAUAUAGUUAUUAACUAUUCUUUUGAUUGAAGAAUGGCUGAACUAAUUGUGAUAUGUAAGUGCAAUACAAUAUUAUUGCAUUGUAAAAAAUGAGGAAUUCAUAGAAAUAUGAGAGGACUUAUAUGAAUUAACGCCGAGUGAAGAAAGAAAGCAGAAUCAGAAAAAAUAUGUACAAUGACUAAUAAUGUAAAUGAAAAUUCUAAAAGACAUAAAAAUUCAGAUUAAAUAUAAAGAUCAACCUUGGUUCUAGAGGAUUAAUGAUAAAAAAAAAACCACUUCCCUUCUCAUAGUAGAAAGGUAAUAGACUAUGGGUAUGAAAGAUUAUAUACACUAUCACAUUGUAGUUGUUGGAUUGGAAUUUUACUUAGCUGUUUUUCUUUGUUAUAAGGAAGGAUUUUAUGGGAGCACUUAUGGGGAGAUGGCUAGUAUUUUUUAAAGCAACAACAAAACAUGGAGAAAUAACUUUUGAAAAACAAUAAAAGCCAAAGGUCAGAAA